AUGAGUACCGCGGACCUUGUCAAUCAUUUGAAGGCGAUCUACGCUUCGUAUAGACAUACCGCGGAUAUCGAUGCGAAGGGGAUCUUUUUUUCUCCAUCUUGCUACCAAAUAUGUCGCCCAAACCCCUCGUUUGCUGCGCACAAUCGUGAGACAAUCGUGCGCUACCUGCACGAGUAUGCACCCAAAGACGAAAACGGGGCAUCGGGGUCAAGUGGAAAGCCAGCGAAGAAGGGAUAUUAUACGAUACGACCACUCGAAAAAGAGGAGUUUGAGUUCGGCGCCGACGAGCAGACUGCUCCUGCCGGCUUUUCUUCAGCGUCGGAAGUCGAACAGAAGGCCAGAAGAGAGGGUACCUACGUCGGCAUGGACGUGGGAGAAUCCAUCAUGGGCUUCCGAGCUUCCCUAACCUUCACUAUUGGCGUGUUAACUCUAACAUGCAGAGCACAGAAUCCGAUCCCCGAGGACCAAGAUCCGUGUCUAGAUCCUGGGGUCCUUGCCUCGAAAUGGUUCGACGACAACAUGAUCCGACCAAACUAUGUUCCAGCAACGACGGAAGAAAAGCCUAUUGUUGCUCAGAGAAUCUUCGACCAGCCCCAGACUUCAGAGACUGGCAAGUCUUAUGUGACUAGUCUGGAGCAGACCAGCGUGCUCUACAUGACGGGAGUCAUUGUAGACUUACUGCAGGCUGAUGUCCAAAAGACUGGAGCACCUGAAGACUUGCCGCGGUCCCUCGGAACAGGGUAUAAUAGUGCCAUUCUUGUCGGCGAAAGAUCAACACUACGGUUCUCUGGUCGCAUCGAAACCCACAAUGGCGCAAUCAACCUGUAUGCAACUGGAGCUGGGACGACGGUCACCCUGGAGGCACCCCAACUGUACAGUAGCGGCCCGGGAGCCAUUGGUCUUUUUGCCAUCCGGGGUGCCAAUUUGGAUGUCACCAAUCUCCGCCAUUGCUCGGGUGGCUACCGAUCACCUACCCUCGCGGGCCUCAACAUCAACAGCCGUGGGGGCGUCGCCCACACUACCAACCCGGGGUCGCCAUUGAUUUACUCACUAGGGCGAACCAUGUCAUCCAAUCUGACCGGUUGGGCCGACGCGUCCCCUGCCAUAAUCAUGGAGGGGCCUCAGUAUGUACAUCUAAACGGUUCAACCAUCACUUCGGGAACCAUCAGUGGUUUCCUGUUCUUCGAUUGGUCCAUCACGGCUCAACAUGAUGCCGGCACGUUGGAGGCGAUGUCCCUCAAUCUGACGGUCCGCGAGGGCCCGGCCUUUUACCUGGCAACAUUUUCCGCCGAGAUCAUUCUAAUGAAUGCAAGGAUAUACAAUCCUUCAGGAAUUCUGCUUCUGGCGGAUACGAACACAGCAUCCCGGGACCUUGAGAGGGUCGAGCCGCAGCUUUGGAGCGGGAGUCCAAUCUCUUCCAACUCUUCCCUGACGCUGAUGGGCUCGGAAGGCAUUUCCGGAGAUAUCGUCACCCGGGGUGGUUGUACCGUCACUGUCAAUCUUCUGGCCAACAGCACGUGGCAGGGCUCCGCCAAUGCAUCUCUCAUCAAUAAUCGUGGGGGCUUGACAGUGCAGAUUGACGAUACAAGCACCUGGAUCGUAGCAAAGAACUCGUUCGUCCGAGGUCUGUCAGUCGUUGGUGGGGAUCUUGGACGCCUCAAGGACCAGGGGUACACGGUUGCGUAUGAUCAGAAAGCCGCAGAGAGCUCCUGGCUCCAAGGCCGGACGUACACUUUGCAGAGCGGAGGAAAGCUUCAGCCGUGGAAUUGA